AUGGCCGAGAAUCAGACCGCCACGGAAGAUUCGGGUCAGCAAUCGCAACAUCAGCAGCAAGGACAGCAGCAACAACAACAGCCGCAGUCGCCGCAACAAGAUCAGGCACCUCCUCCCCCUUCGUCGACGACAUCGCCCACAACACCGCCACAAGAGAAUAAUUCCGCUUCAUCGCCCGAAGACACCCAAACAGUUGUUAUACCCAACACUAACCACCAUUCGCAUUCGCACUCACAUACACACCAACACAACCUCAGCAACCAGCAACAGAAUCAGAAUCAGAAUCAGCAUCAGCACACGAACCAAGCGCAGACCCAGCAAGGACAUACGCUUACCAUAAUGGAUCAUCAUCAAUUCUCGGAUAUGUUCAAGAGCAACUCCAUAGCAGCGCAACGCCGCAACACCAUACAGUCACACGCUCCCAUACGUGCCGUCAGCACCACAUCGAUUAAGAAGCCACCCCUGACUAAAAUGACAUCGCUUACAAAUGCAAAUGCCGUUGGCGGCGGCGGCGGCGGCGGCGGUGGCAGUGUUAGUGGCACGAAAUCCACCAGCACAAGCGACAAACAUCACCCACACCAUCAUCAUUAUCAUCCACAAAGCGCUCACCAUUCGUCGCUUCACCAUCACCAUGGGAACAGCGCUAUGAACCAUCAUCACCAUUCGGCUUCCACAGGUGCUAAUAGUGGUGGCAAUACCACAAAUGCUAUACAACGUCGCACCAGUGAAAGUUUGCGUCUGAACGUUUCAGCUACUGGUAGCACUAGUGGUAGCGCCGGUGGUGGUGGUGGUGCUGGCGCUCGUGGUCGUGAUGGAGGUGGCGAUAGCUCGGCCACUAAUUCGUCCACUCCGAAUCUUUCGAAAGCGACCAGCAACAGCAGCAUUCACUCGAACACAACCCAAAAUAGUUCCAGUUCGAGCACUUCGGUUGCACCACAGUCAACAGCCACCACAGCAUCGACAUCGACGAAAGUCACUUCGCCGAAUAACAAUGGUGGCGGUGGUGGAGGUGGUGGCAGCAGUUCGGCCAGCACCAACACUAGCCGCAGUCAUCACAGUCAUGGGCACGGCGCCGGUGGGGGUGGCGCUGGCGGCAAUCAGCAUCAUACAACUGCCGCUUCACAGCCAAGCAGAAAACCAAAGACGACCUCAUCGUUUCAGAUUACUUCCGUGACUGUCGGACAUCCCAAAGUGAAUUCCGACAAUGGUGAUGAGUCAGCCGACGACUUGGAUGAAUCUCAUACAGAUGACAAUAGUCGUGUCACCGAUCUCGAUAACGAGACGCCUUCAAUGUCCGAGGAUACAUUCUCUAAAGAGGAGGUGUAUUUCUCCAAUAAUGCAUUGAGCACUACAGCACCGGUGAUACCGACCAGCUCACAGUAUGGACUUGUUGUGGUGGAUCCCAUUGGUCCGUCGCUCGGUCAGACCAUACAAAAUGUGCAGGUUAAUGUCUCGGACAACAUUAUAAAUGUGGUGAGUGCAGCUGUAACGCCAGGUGGCAGCAAGAAAAAGGAUGACAUAAAGGAGACGCAGCACCGCAGCGAGCGUUUCAAGGUGGUUAAGAUCGAGUCGACUGAGCCAUUUCGUCGUGGACGUUGGAUGUGUAUGGACUAUCUCGAUCACUCAACUGUGGGCACCGGCGGUAAGGAGGGCGGCGGUGGCAACAAUAAUGAAAAGACUGGUUCCUCCGAGUCGGGUAACGGCAAUAGCGGCGAACCGGCGAAAACUACGCAAAGUAUGAUAAUUGGUACGGGCGCUGCACAGCUGCUCGAGAAUCAUGUGGAUGCGGUUGGCAAUAGUUUGCAGCUGACUACUGGCGGUGGCGCAGCGACUGAUGGUAACUGGAAUUUUAAUGAAGGUACCGGUGGCGGUGGCGGUGGCGGUGGCGGCGGUGCUGGUGGCGCAGUUACGCCGGCACAACAAUUGCAGCAGCAAAUGUCUGCGCCAGCGGGAAUUGCUACGGCUCCGGCCACAGUGGUGCAUGGCAUGCAACAAUUUGUAUCCGAUACUGCCGGUUCACAGCAGGCUCAGGCAGCAUCACAACAGCAGCAACAGCCGGAACAACAACAACAGCAACAGCCACAGCAAGUGUACGCGGAUAAUGGGAGUGGAAAUAAUACGGAUGGUGGCGCAGCCGUGCAGGAAGUGGCACAUGGCCAAACAUUGCCCAUGGACUAUGCCACUGUUGCUGCACAGCAAUUGCAGCAAUCGUUGCAGCAACUGAAGAAGCAAGAAGAGGCGAUAGCAGCCUCUGAAGAGGCUGGCACCGUUUAUGUGCCACCACCAUUACAACAACAGCAACAGCAACAACAACCGCAAACACUUCCCAGCAAUUUACAGUUUGACAGUGGCAAUGUUGUCAAUCCAAGUGAUAACAACAAUGAUGCAACAAGCAUGCAACAGCAGCAGCAGCAGCCACAAAGUGACGUAUAUAGCCAACAACAACAGAACUUCCAAGCUGCACCUACACAACAGCCGCAGCCGCAGCAGCAACAACAGCAACAGCAACAUCAGCCUUCUACUUCGCAAAUAAUAGCCAACGAUAUGCAACUUCCGCCACAACAACAGCCUCAAUCCGUCUCCGCACCGACAUCGCAGAUCGAUGGUGUCGCUGUUCAGCAACAACAACAACAACAACAGCAGCAACCACAAACAACCCAACAGUUCCAGCAACAACAACAGCCACAGUCGCAACCGCAAUCACAGCCGCAGCCACAGCAGCAGCAGCAGUCACAUCCACCGCAGUAUCAACACCAACAAUCUGCGCCAGCUGGUCAAACGAUGCCGCUGCAAAUGGCAAACUAUGAGUUGCAACAGCAGCAGCACGCCGGCGAUCAGCAACAACAACAGCUGCAGCAGAGUGCGCCGCCAACGAUUGCCGAUCCAAAGGUGCUUGCGGCUACAAUACAAGCACAUCAGCAGCAGCACAACAAUCGCGAAUACAAAUAA